AUGGCAGGUCCAUAUCGUUGGGUACCGGCUUCCUUGCACCAACGUGGCAUCCCGGCUGGUGCGCUGCAUGUGGGCAACGAUGAAGACGGCUCAGAGAUCUACGCAGGUCGCGCAAGCCAUGAAGGCGACAUUAUCCCCGCCAAGGUCAUACCCUCGAAACAAGCUUGUUAUGUCAGUUAUGGUGGAGAAGAAAUAUUAAAAGAUCAAUUCGAGGUGUUAAUCCCCGCGGUGUUCUCGUGGCAGUAUUCAAUGAACGGCCAGGUGCCUCCCGGUGCUGUUGAGGCAGGGUACACUGCUGAGGGAGAAAUUUUGUACUUGGGUAGAGUAAGACAUGAUGGAUGCACCACACCUGGCAAGAUUCAGCCGAGCCACGGUACUUGUUAUUAUCCUUUCGGUGGAGAGGAGCGGAGCAGCCGAGAGUACGAAGUCCUUGUCCUAAACUAA